AUGUUUUCGAGGCUCUCUAUCAAUUCGCAUGAUUCUAGUGACCAACCUUCUCCCUUGACGUCUUCAUCCUCGUUCUCUUCUCUGCCCGAAGGCGCGCAUCUCUCAAUAGACACCGCAGUUGAACAAUCUGAUGCCCCUGACUAUGCGAUUCUGUGUGUUGAUGGGUUAUCUUCCGCUGGAUUGUUUGAGGACGCCGCAGUCAUUGCCCAAGGAUAUUUGAAUGAGAAGCCAAAUCAUGCACUGUUUCUGAAGCACUUGGCUAAAGGUUUGUUUGAAACAGAACAUUAUAGCGAAGCUAGCCAGAUAUACCAGCGCCUAGAGGCAAUGCCGGGUCUGGCUAACGACACUGAGAAGAGACUAUGGAUCAUCGAAGCACUUCUCAACGAUCAUCGACCUGGAGCAUCGCUUGACGAAUAUCUCAGAACCCCUUCAUCAGAAGAAUGUGCCAGAGGUACCAGCUACCGAUUGGGAAGAAUUUAG